AAUAAUCUCUGAGGGGGAGCUUGGGUUCAGAGUACUAUUCGCUACUGGUACAGUCCUCCCUCGGAAAGUGAUGGUAAUGAAGUGAUCCAGGUGGGUGACGCUGGAAAACAAAGAUGGCGGCCGGGAACAGCAACUACUGGGAAGACCUGCGGAAACAGGCUCGACAACUGGAGAAUGAACUUGAUUUGAAACUGGUAUCCUUCAGUAAACUUUGCACAAGUUAUAAUGGUGCCACAACAAGAGAUGGACGCCGCGACAGUUCUGAUACAACACCUCUUCUAAAUGGUUCGAGCCAAGACAGGAUGUUUGAAACAAUGGCUGUGGAAAUAGAACAGCUGCUAGCCAAGCUGACAGGAGUAAAUGACAAAAUGGCAGAGUACACUUCAUCCCCUGGUGUUACAUCAUUGAAUGCAGCACUCAUGCACACACUUCAAAGGCACAGGGACAUUUUACAGGAUUAUACACACGAGUUUAAUAAAACCAAAGCCAAUUUUGUUGCAAUCCGAGAACGUGAAGACUUGUUGGGAUCAGUUCGAAAGGACAUUGAAUCUUACAAAAGUGGGUCAGGAGUUAACAACAGGAGAACAGAACUGUUCCUAAAAGAGCAUGAACACCUUCGAAACUCAGAUCGGCUGAUAGAAGAUACAAUAAGCAUUGCUAUGGCAACAAAAGAAAAUGUGACAUCACAACGAGGAAUGCUGAAGUCAAUACAAAGUAGAGUGAACUCCUUGGCCAACCGAUUUCCUGCCAUUAACAACCUGGUUCAGAGGAUAAAUUUGAGAAAACGCAGAGACACGUUAAUCUUGGGAGGUGUCAUUGGCAUUUGUACUAUCCUAUUACUACUGUAUGCUUUUCACUGAUGCAUUUCCAUAAGAUAUCUCCACAGCUGCAAAGCACUGAGGAGAAUGUGAUGGGGAGCUUGUGGACCUGCAUAUAUUGGCUGGAUUGUGAGUAUGAUGGAUUUAGGUUACACUGGAAUACUUUAAAAGAGAUUCCUGCGGGCUACAGUUGUGAUUGGUUUAUGAUAAAAUGUUAAACCUCAGAUUUUUAAUUAUGCUCAUGGAAUAUAUAAUUUUGAAAUAUAGCUCAUUACAUUUUGUGAAAGAAUGCAUUAGAAUGUGGUCUGUUAACACUUCUUUCUCCAUCUCAGUUAUCCAGACUGAAAGUUACUGUAUCAUUUCUGAGCAAUUACAAAGACCAAAUUAGAAAGAAAUCAGCUCUUUGAAUCAUAUAUCUUGAUGCAUUGACUUGUGUAUUUUCAAGAACAUAUGUAAUGUGUACAUAAAAUUACUUUUGUACACUGUGGUCCUGCAGGACAUUUGUAUAUUCGUAUUCUGUGUAAGUCACGGUUUUGCUAUUUUCUAUGGCUUUGCAUGUCCAUUGUCUGCUCUCACCCAGAUAAGUGCAAAAGCCAAAUGUUCUGAAAACUGGAAAUCUGAAAUAAAACCAUAAAAUGUAAAAAUACCUAGGCCCAGCAGCAUCUGCAGAGAGGAAAACAAAAGUAGUGUCAGGUGAAUGACUUUUCAUUAUAGUCAGUUCCAAUGAAUGGUUGCCAGCUGAAACAUCAGCUCUCUUCUCUCUCCAGGAUGUUGCCGGAGUAUUUUCUGGUUUACUCAGAUGAAUGGUUUUGAUUCAACUGAUUUAGUUGCAGAGCAGCCUUUGCCAAGACCAAGAAGCGAAUACCACACUUAGCCAUUCUCUUGGAAAUAUGUAGAAGUACUGAAGUGAAAACAAAAGGAAAAUUUUAAAAAAGCUAGACAUCCAUUCAGUGAUAAGUUUUUGGUUGUUUAUCAAUUUUCCAAAGUUUUAUUAAUCUGGCAGAAUUUUUAAAUUGUUAUGUGGCCGUGCACAAUGUUUAUUUAUAUCAAACUAUUCUGUGACAUUGGCAAACUAUAGCAAUAUAUUAGAACAGGUUUCUGAAGCCACACCCCACAUAAACCAAGUAAUCGCAAUCCUUUUUUAAUAUAUGUAGGUGCAGUAUAUUGAAACAUUUGGAACUCUCUGCAAAAAAUACUAUUGCCAAAGCCUACUUUAAAAAAAAAAGUAAAAUUUUAGAGUAUCUGUACUAAAAACCAGCACUGCAGUGAAUGGAGAAUACUUUUUUGUGUUUUGUUUUCAGAUACUUGCAUUAUGGUUGGGAUUUGCCCUUUAUCCCAUUAUUUGUUUAAAUCACUAUACAUUUAUUCACAAACCACUAACUGUGGCCUCCCUAAUGAUUUCCAGAGUAUAUGACAACCUUGUCAGUUUCAAUUCCUCAGAUUGAGGUAACUAAUUUGAAUGUUGUGGUUUGGAAUUCAUGCAGGUACAAAACUUGAUGCUUGGAAAUAUGAAUCAUUCCAAUAGUGUGUUUGGAAAGAAAUAACACUUCUUUUGUACAUUUCACUGUUUUUGCAUACAGGCUAUGAUCUAUUUACCCUGGCAUCUUUCCUGAAUUAACUUGACACUAUGGCAAGCAAAAGUUGACUGGCUAACUGGAUCAUUUGAAUUCAUAUUGUUCAGUUCCUUAGCUGGAUUUUUGUUUACCAUGCAGUUGAAUUGAUCCAUGUAGAAGGUGCAUUUCUGCUGUAAGAUAGUGGUCACACAGCUGCUGUGUUUGUUAAUCUACUCAAAGCUUUUGAUGUCAAAGAUCUACUUGUUUUUCAGAAAAUUCACCCCCCCACAACCCUUCUCCUACUGCCCUUUUGUUCAUGUAGAUUUUAAUAACCUUGUAAAAUAUUUUUUUCUCUGCUAAUGUGCAUUUCCUGCAUUGUACAGAGGAGCUCUGACUGUGUAUGUAAUUUGUUAAUAAAUUAGAAACCUAAGUGA